AUGCCUAAACAGAAAUCCCAAGAGCUUCAACCAUUGAGUAAAGAUGGGAAACGAGUCAAGAAUCGAGAUGCUGAUGAUGAAAAUGAGGGAGAUGGAAGGGGUUUGCAAAAAAGUUUAACGUUGUUCAAUGGUGUGACGAUCAUCGUUGGAUGCAUUAUCGGCUCUGGGAUUUUCGUCUCACCGACCGGUGUACAAGAACGUGAGUUAAAAUCU